AUGAACAGCUUCACCAUGGCCGCGCGGGCUAGAACCGCCCUCAAGGUCGCCGGUCGCCGCUGCGCUCUCAACCAGCGAACUGCUGUCCGCUACGGCUCCAGCGUUGCCGCCAAGGACCUCAAGAAGACUCCUCUCUACGACUACCACGUCGCCAACGGAGCCAAGAUGGUCCCCUUUGCUGGGUACCACAUGCCUGUUCAGUACAACAACUUGUCGCUGGCCGACUCGCACACCUUCACCCGUACUCAGGCUUCCAUCUUUGAUGUCUCUCACAUGGUUCAGCACACCCUCAAGGGCCCUGAUGCCGCUGCCUUCCUCGAGAAGGUUACCCCCUCCGACUGGAAGAACCAGGGCUUGAUGCAGAGCAAGCUCACCACCUUCCUCUGGGAGGGAACUGGCGGCAUUGUCGACGACUCCGUCAUUACUCGCAUCGGAGAGGACGAGUACUACGUUGUCACCAACGGUGCCUGCCUCGAGAAGGACACCAAGUACCUCGACGAAGAGCUUGGCAAGUUCGGCGGCAACGUCGAGUGGACUCGUCUCGACAACUCUGGUCUCAUUGCUCUCCAGGGCCCCAAGGCUGCUGAGAUCCUCAAGGAGGCCUUGGCCAGCGAAGUUGACCUCAGCAAGCUCUACUUUGGCAACGCCGUCUACGCUGACCUCAAGCUUGCCGACGGCAGCAAGACUCACCCUGUCCUCAUCAGCCGUGGUGGCUACACCGGCGAGGACGGCUUCGAGCUCUCCUUCAACGGCAAGCUCUACCCCGCCUUCGAGACCACUACCCCCAUUGUCGAGUCUUUGAUGAAGAUUGGCGGUCCCGAGCGCCUCCAGCUCUCUGGUCUUGGUGCCCGUGACUCUCUCCGUCUUGAGGCUGGCAUGUGCCUUUACGGCCACGACUUGAACGACACCAUCACCCCUGUUGAAGGCGGUCUUUCUUGGAUCAUCCCCAAGGAGCGUCGCGCUACCGGUGGCUUCCACGGUGCCGAGGUCAUCCUCCCCCAGCUCACCCCCAAGAGCAAGGGUGGCUCUGGCGUUGAGAAGCGCCGUGUCGGUUUCUUCGUCGAGGGUGCUCCUGCUCGUGAGGGCGCUGAGCUCCAGAAGGACGGCGAGGUUGUUGGCACCGUCACCAGCGGUGUCCCCAGCCCUACCCUUGGCAAGAACAUUGCCAUGGGCUACAUCAAGGACGGUCUGCACAAGUCCGGCACCGAGGUCGACGUUGUCGUCCGCGGUCGCAAGAGAAAGGGCACCGUCGCCAAGAUGCCCUUUGUCCAGACCCGUUACUGGAAGGGCGAUGCUUAA